AUGAGCGAACUUCCAACAAAUACCAAACAAUUUUUUUGUAUGAGCCUAAAAUAUGUCUGUGCAUCAAUUUAUUUUUGUUAUUUAUUAUUAAAAAGAGUAUCAAAGAUGGCAAUCAAAGUAAAGAAAGGAACAAAGGGUGAUUCUGUCAACUAUAUCACCAGAAAUGCUGCUUGUAGAAAGUUGGGUCUUUCUUUAAAGAUGUUUAGAAAAUUAUGCAUUCUUAAAGGAAUUCAUCCACGUGACCCAAAGAAGAAGUUAAAGGGUAAGAACAAAACAUACUACUUUACAAAGGACGUCAAGUUCCUUAGACACGACCCAAUCAUUUCGACACUUCGUGAACGUAAGGCACUCUUUAAAAAGGAGAAAAAGUUACGUGAAAAGAAGCAAACAAAGACUUUGGAGUUACUCAUUGCCCGUCGUCCACGUAUUUCGAUGGACCACAUUGUCAAGGAGCGUUAUCCAACCUUUUCCGACGCCAUUCGUGAUCUCGACGAUUGUCUCACACUCAUCCAUCUCUUUGCCUCGAUGGACUCGUCGCCCAAGGUUCGUGAGCAACACAUCAUCACCUGCUCCACCUUGGCUCGUGAGUUCCAAAUGUACAUUGCCUCGUCCAACUCACUCCGUAAGGUGUUUGUCACCGUCAAGGGUAUCUACUACCAAGCCGAGAUCAUGGGCGAGACUGUCACCUGGCUCACUCCGAUGAACUACCUCAACAAAAAGGAGAGAGACGUCGACUAUGGUAUUAUGAUCAAUUUCCUCGAGUUUUACGAGUGUCUCCUCAAGUUUGUCAACUACAGACUCUACACUUCCAUCGGUCUCAAGUACCCACCCACCAUCGACCAAGAUCAACUCGGCAACGGCAACAACUUGAGUGCCCUCAUCACCGAGUCUGUCAACAAGGCCACCCCAUCCACCAAGCCAGUCGCUGCCACCAAGAAAAUGACUGCUGUAGAAAUGGCUCAACAGAGAAAAAUCAACGCAUUAAACAAAAAGGUUGGACAAGAAGAAGAGGAAGAAGAAGUAGAGGAAGAAGUAGAAGAGUUGGAAAUCAACGCUCAAGGUGUUUCCAAGGACUUUGAAGGUUUGGCAGCAGAGGGAGAAGAGGGAGACGCCACCGUUGCCCAAUUACGUGACCCAUCAAAGUUGUUCAAGGGAUUAAAGUUCUUUGCCUCGAGAGAGUGUCCCAUCGUCGCCUUGGAGUUUGUCAUCAAGGCAUUUGGUGGUGAGUUCUACUGGAACUUUAUCAAGAAUGAAGAGGUGCCCGAGUUUAUUACCCACGUCAUCACCGAACGUACCGGUUUUGCCAAAAAGGACCUCUCCAAAGAAUAUAUCCAACCACAAUGGGUGUUUGAUAGCAUCAACAACAACAUCCUCCUCAACUGCCAGGAAUACGCUUUGGGUGUCGUCAUGCCACCACAUCUUUCACCAUUUGUCGAAUACAACGAAGACAGCUACAUCCCAGCCCGUAAGGCCAUGCUCGACCAAUUGAUCAACCAAAAGGGCUUCGAGAGCGCCGUCAUCAAUAUGGACGAACAAGACCAAGACAUGGAAGACGACCAAGACGGAAAGAAGAACAACAAGAAGAGAAAAUCAAUGGACCAAGACGACGAACAAGACAGCGACGCCGAAUCAGAAGACAGCGACAAUGACGAAGAUGUCGCCGCCGCCCUCGAAUCCAAAUACAUGAGUGAACUCCAACAAGAAAACCUCCAAAUCUCAAGUAGCACCAAACCACAACAACAACAACAACAACCAAAGAAGACAAAGAAUAAUAAUACCAACAACAACAACAACACACAACAAACUCAAAUCCAAGAAUUAAAGGAUAAGGUUACCCAAGAUGAAAAGACUCUUGGUUCAAAGCUUGCCAAGAAGAAGAAGCAAGCAGAACGUGAAGAAUUAGAAAUGGUCGAAAGAAUGAUGACCAAGAAGAACAAGGGAUUGUAUCACUCUGUUAAAAAUGAAGUUUCCAGACAAACCAACGAAAAGAAACGUCUUGAACACAAGAGAGGUUUGGUCGAGUCUGGUAAGAAUGUAGAUGGUGUCCAAAAGAAAAAGGCUGCCUCUGCUGCUGUCACCAAGAAGCCACAACAAAAUACUCCAAAUACUACCACCAAAAAGUCUGCCCCAGUUUCUCAAACCAUAAAGAAAUCUAAAAAAUAA